CGCCCUUUCAUGACUUUGUUGUUCUUCCGAUAGACGAUUACUAACGUGGCAGCCUCGGGGGCCUCGUUAUUUGUAAGAGGUCUAGCCCAUCCUGGAGCGCGUCCCGCUUACUCCAGAUCAACGACGAUAACGCAACCCAGAUGUUUUGCACAUUAAGCACGUCUUACCAGCCGCUUGGCAAAUGCUGCAUCAGACAAGAACGAUGAAUUGCCUCAAUAGGAUGUUUUUUCUCAAACGGAGUCAUUGAGUAGUUUCCUACGACUUCCUGGCUACGAUACUGGUGGUUUAGACUCUACAAAAUCCCAAUGAGGCAAUUCAUCGUUUUUGCCUGGGUACAGUCAGCCUUGAGUGCAAAAGUUGUACGUAAGCACAGCUCGACUACAACAGUAUAUAAGAAAGAUGCAGACCAGCUCAUCAUGGACACAUCGUCAAUCACAGCCUCCCACUCCACCCCACACCAAUCACCAUGUCUCCCGCAAAGCCAACCAUCCUCAUCGUCCCCGGCUCCUUCACCUCCUACGGCAUCUACGACUCCUUCCUCGACCUCCUGCGCGCCCAGUCCUUCACCGCGUUCGCCAUCAAGCUCCCCUCGACCCAGAAACGCCACCCCCUGCCGCCCGCCACCCUGCAGGACGAUGCCGCGCACGUGCGAGCUGUCGUCGAGAGCCUGAUCGCCGAGGGCGAGGGCACAGAGGUCGUGGUCGUGGCGCACAGCUACGGCGGCGCGGUCGCAACCGAGGCGCUUUCAGGGCUGGGCGUAGGAUCCGCGGCCAAGGGCGGGGUCAGGCGCGUUGUGUACCUGAGCGCUAUUGCGCUGCGGGUGGGCGAGACGAUGCAGACUGCGUUGCAGCCGGCAUCGGGGUUCCCGCCUGAGAUUGAGGGCUACAUGCAUAUGGAUCCUACGAUCAUGGCGCACGCUGUCUGCAACGAUUUGCCGUAUGCGCAGGCGUACCAGAAUGCCGUGUUGCUUGAGCACCACUCUGGGCCGUCAUUUAACACCGCCGCUACGCAGGAGAGCUACAAGGAGCUUCCGAUUACGUAUAUUUUCUGCGAGAAGGAUUUUGUAGUUGCGCCGGAUGCUCAGCAGCGGUUUAUUGAUACGAUUGAGGAGGUCAGUGGGAAGAAGGUGGAUGUGAAGAGGAUUGAUUCGGGGCAUUGCCCGAAUUGGAGUCAGCCGGAGGCGUUGCUGAAGUUGAUUGUUGAUGCUACGCUGUUGUAGACGGCUUGAGGGUUGUUUGACCGUUGUCGCACUCGUUGAAGGUUGGAAGUAGGUAACUAAUCUGAAGCCGAUGUUAUAAAAGCUCGUUCAGCGACUGAAUCUAAAUAUGAGUCUUCAGACAUCAAAUCAGGAAUGGCUCAGAAAGAGAUCAUCAACUCCGAGUUGCACACCGCGAAGCACUGAGCGUGUCUAUCGUGCGGAACAUCUUUCGAGGUGACGAUCUUAUAGGAUUGAAGCCAGCAAUGCCAUGUAUGCAAUAGAACUCCACAAGCUGCAGAUCAUUGAGUGCAACGUGACUUUGGAGCAUAUAUACUAGAAUUCGGGGAAAACGGAGAAGACGAGGCAACAUCAGCGACAACAUAUAUGAAAAGCGUUCGAAAUGGAAACAAGCUGAUGUCGUCUACAAGUCACGACAAGAAGCCGAUCGUAUUGCAAUAGACGGGAAUUGCUUGCUCACAAAAAUAUCCCUACAGCUGAAGCC